AUGGAAGAGACAAAUCAAUCGUCACAAAAUGUUUCCCAAAAUAAAGCAGCAACUGUUCUGGAAAUAUCAAACAUAAGAGUCAUUAAAAAUGAGAAAAAUCAAAUUCCAAAUCCGUGGAAAUUAUUAACGUCGCUUAAUAAACAACAACAAAUUACUUUUGUUGCUGCAUUUUUAGGAUGGACAUUAGAUGCUUUUGAUUUCUUUACAUUGGUAUUCUCCGUACCUUAUAUUGCAGAGGAAUUUCAUUUGGAACCAUCUGACAUUACCGCAAGUAUUACGAUUACAUUAUUUUUCCGUCCAUUAGGAGCAGCAAUAUUCGGUUUAUUAGCAGAUCGUUACGGAAGGAGAAUUCCGUUAAUGGCAGAUAUCAUUCUUUAUAGCGUUAUGGAAUUGGCUUCAGGGUUUGCGCCAAAUUUGUUAGUCUUAAAUAUCAUAAGAGCAAUUUUUGGAAUUGCUAUGGGAGGUGAAUGGGGAUUAGGCACAGCAUUAGCCAUGGAAAUUUUACCGCCCGAAAGUCGUGGAUUAUUUUCUGGUAUUUUGCAACAAGGUUAUGCUACAGGAUUUCUUUUGGCUUCACUUUUGAAUUAUGCUGUAAUAGACAGAAUUGGAUGGAGGGCAAUGUUUUGGAUAGGUUCAUUUCCUGCCAUAUUGGUCAUCUUCAUUCGUUUCUUUGUAAAAGAGUCGCCAGUUUGGGAAGCUCAUCGUAAAGUUGAAAAAUCAAUCGGUAAAACCUUUCUGAAUAGUACUAAAUUAGCAUUAAAACUUCAUUGGAAAAGGUUCAUCUAUUGCGUUAUUUUAAUGGCUUGUUUUAGUUUGAUGAGUCAUGGUACACAAGAUUUGUAUCCAACAUUCCUAAAAGUACAACUCGGAUAUACAUCAAGUCAAGUUACAAUACUUACAGUGGUAGCAAAUAUUGGGGCUAUAAUUGGAGGCUUAACUUGUGGGUAUAUGUCACAAUUAUACGGUCGUAAGAUCACCAUCGUUGUCUCGGUAAUUUUGGCGGCUUGUUUUAUGUCAUUAUAUAUAUUGCCAAGACAAUUUGGUUGGUUGAUUGUCGGAGCUUUUGCAGUCUACUUUUUUGUACAGGGGGCAUUGGGAGUGGUUCCAGCGCACUUGAAUGAACUUUCGCCACCAGAACUUCGUGGUACGUUCCCAGGGUUAACUUAUCAAUUGGGUAGUUUAAUAGCGGCAUCAUCGGCGCAAAUUGAAGCAAAGUUAGGGGAGAAAUUUAAAAAAAAUGGAACGCCUAAUUAUGGAUUAAUUAUCGUCUUACUAUCGGUCAUCGUAAUGACGUUAUUGGCUAUAAUCACUUUACUAGGUAAAGAAAAUAAAGAUAUUAAUUUUAUUGAACAAGUUGAACAGCAUAUUAUAAUUAAUAAGGAGAAAGUUAAAGGGAAGGGACAGGAUGAAAGAGAAAUGGUUGUAAUAAGUGAUGCGUAA